AUGUAAAAUACUUGUUAAGUGUAUACCAUUAAAACAUCACAAAUGUUAUAAUCUUCCUAAUAAGGCGAGAAUAUAUACUUCAUUUAAAUAAUGAAUUUAAAUCGUUUUUACAAAUAGUCGAGUCGUUUUAGGAAUUUGUUACUUAUAAUUCUACUGUCCUUGAAAAUGCCUCGAAUGUAGCAUAUCUCAUUAAUGUUUAGAGGUUGGAACACGUGUUUUACAGUUAACCUAUAAGUUCUAUAGAUAUUUAGAAAAAAAAGUAUUUUUAUUAAUUAAGAUUAUGUCAGUAUAUCACGACGAAGUGGAAAUCGAAGACUUUGAAUACGACGAAGAAGGAGAAAUUUAUUAUUAUCCUUGUCCUUGUGGUGAUCAAUUUCAAAUAUCAAAGGCAGAUCUUAUAUCUGGUGAUGAUGAAGCUAUGUGCCCAUCGUGUUCUCUCAUUGUUAAAGUAAUUUAUAAUAAGGAAUCUUUUUCUGAAAAACCAAAUUUUGCUAAAACAGAAAGUGUUACUGAAACAGAACAAAAACUUAGCACGCAGAAAGUGUAAGAUAGGUCCAUAUUCGUUUAUAUUGUUUAUCAAAGAACUUUUUAAUCAUGGCAGGACGAGGACAUGGAAAAGGUUCUAUGUCUUUUACUUUUGAGCAAUUAGGACUUACUAAAGCUGAAGCUAUGAUGCAUCCAGUUUUAGAACCGCCACCAAAAUAUCCUAUAUUAAAGUAUAAGCCAUUGCCUUUUACCAUUACUAAUGAAAUAAGUUAUUUAAUAGAAUUGAAAAGGGACUUUUCCGAAUAUUUUAAAGAAUCUCCUUUUAAUGUGCAA